UUGAGACCCAUCAGCUUUCCUCACCUGGUUUAGCCGGCCGGUUGAAGCCGUUGCUUGAACCCCUGUUGCAUGCUGACAGCUUCUGGAAGCCACAGCCCAAACAGGAUUUCCUUUCUGCCCGCUCUGAAAAAGGGGAUGCAGAAGACAGAAUUGCAGGGGACAGGGCACCUUUUGUUUCAUUAGGAAUAGCCAUUAAAAUGUGUGAAAUGUGGAAGAUGCUUCACUGAAUGAGCACACAUAGUUCACAUCAACAAACACAAAAAGGAACGAACCCACUUAAAGGUAUGGAGUGUGGAAACAGCUUCUGUUUCAAUGCAAAACUUAGAACACACCAGCUGACUCACACAGGGGAAGAACUAUAUUUAUUUAUGGAGUGUGGAAAGAGCUUUAAUGAUAGUGGAAGCCUUAGACAACAUCAACUGACUCACACAGGGGAGAAACCAUUUCAAUGCAUGGAGUGUGGAAAGAGCUUCAGUCGGAGUGCACACCUUAGAAAUCAUCAACGGACUCACACAGGGGAGAAACCAUAUGAAUGUUUGGAAUGUGGAAAGAGCUUCAGUCAGAGUGGACACCUUAGACAACAUCAACGGACUCACACAGGGGAGAAACCGUUUCAGUGUAUGGAGUGUGAAAAGAGAUUUAGUGAUACUGGAAGCCUUAGAAGACAUCAACAGACUCACACAGGGGUGAAACCAUAUAAUUGUAUGGAAUGUGGAAAAAGCUUCAGUCAGAAUGCAGACCUUAAAAUACAUCAACGAAUUCACACAGGGGAGAAACCAUUUAAAUGCAUAGAGUGUGGAAAGAGCUUCAGUCAGAGUCGAGACCUUAAAUAUCAUCAACGGACUCACACAGGGGAGAAACCAUAUAAAUGUAUGGAGUGUGGAAAGAGCUUCAGACAGAGUGCACACCUUAGAAAUCAUCAACAGAUUCACACAGGGGAGAAACCAUAUGAAUGUAUGGAGUGUGGAAAGAGCUUCAGUCAGAGUGGAGAGGUUAGAUCACAUCAACGGACUCACACAGGGGAGAAACCAUUUACAUGUGUGGAGUGUGGAAAGAGCUUCAGUUAUAGUGGAAACCUUAGAAGACAUCAAUGGACUCACUCAGGGGAGAAACCAUUUAAAUGCAUGGAGUGUGGAAAGAGCUUCAGUCAGAGUGGAGACCUUAAAUAUCAUCAACGGACUCACACAGGGGAGGAACCAUAUGAAUGUAUGGAGUGUGGCAAGAGCUUUAAUGAAAGUGGAAGCCUUAGAAGACAUCAACGGACUCACACAGGGGAGAAACCAUUUAAAUGCAUGGAGUGUGGAAAGAGCUUCAGUCAGAGUGCACACCUUAGAAAUCAUCAACGGAUUCACACAGGGGAGAAACCAUAUGAAUGUAUGGAGUGUGGAAAGAGCUUUGGUCAGAGUGGAGAGCUUAGAUCACAUCAACGGACUCACACAGGGGAGAAACCAUAUAAAUGUAUGGAGUGUGGAAAGAGCUUUAAUGAAAGUGGAAACCUUAGAAGACAUCAACGGACUCACACAGGGGAGAAACCAUAUAAAUGUAUGGAGUGCAGAAAGACCUUUGGUGAUAAUGGAAAGCUUAGAUCACAUCAACGGACACACACAGGGGAGAAACCAUUUCAAUGUAUGGAUUACAGUAACUGCUUCACUCAGAGUGGAAAUCUUAGAAAACAUCAGCAGACACACAGGGGAGAAAGUAUUUAAAGGUAUGGAUUGUGGAAGGAGCUUCAGUCAGAGUGGAACCCUUGAUUUUUGUCAACAAACUCACACAAAAGACAAACCAUCUAAAUAUCAGGAAAGUAGAAAGAGGUUCACUCUUAGUGGAAGUUCAGAAUCAACAGACUUAUGGACAGGAAGAACUUUAAGAGUUGAAAUCCUUCAAACCAUCAACAAACUCAGAGAGGAGAAGCAGUUUAAAUGAAAAGAUUGCAAAAAGUGCUUUAUUUAUAAUAGAGUGAUCAAGGAACAUCCCAGGACUCUCACAUGGGAGAACCCAUUUAGAUGUAUGGAGUGUGGGACGUCUUCCUCUCAGAGUCCACUCUGAGCAAUGAACUCAGCAGGAAAUCAUUCCUAAAAGCAUGAGGUAUAUGUGAAGUUCUGGUGUUUAUAUGUAAAACUGUAUAAUAAUGAAAUAAUGAAGGGAACAUCUCACAAUAGUGAGUAUAAUUUUAGAUGUAAAGUACCUUUGGUUUUUGCACCAAACUCUGCCCCCCCCCCCACCGCAUGAUCUCCCAGCACUGCUUCUUCACCAGAACUUCAUCGCUGCCUCCUGCCCUGCGUGGUCUGAAGAAAACUUGGAAUACUGAAAUUGAAUGGGAUAUUUCCCCCCAAGCCUAAUUUCAAGAGAGAGAAGGAGGGGUGCAGGUACUAGGGAAGUCUCCUGGGGCCCCCACAUUCACUCAAGUACCCCGGGACA